UGGAAAAUCUGCUAACUGCUGCCUGUUCAAGUAUUUUUCCUGGGGCUGGUACCAAUCAGGAGCUGGCACUGCACGUCUUGCAUGAAGCAAAGGGAAACAUUCUGGCUACUUUGACCAAAUUGCUGCUGAAGAGGCCAAUGCGAUCGCCACACCACCCACUGGCAGACUAUCACUACACAGGAUCGGACAGGUGGAAAGUUGAUGAGAAGAAACUUUUCAACAAAGGCAUUGCAAUCUACAAGAAAGACUUUUUCCUGGUCCAGAAACUUGUAAGUUACUCUGCCAAUUACUUAAUGCACUGUGGAAGGGUUGACCUGAGCUGAUGCAGUUGGUGCUGACAGUGACACCAUCAACAC